AUGGCAGAGAGCACGAAUUCUAAAGGCACCUCUGGUGACUUUGCAAAGAAAGUCCAAAGACGGCUUAGCCGUGGAAAAGAAAAGGUUCUGCAAAGGCUGGGAAAGACAACAGAGACCAGAGACGAUCAGUUUGAGCAUUGCCUCCAACAGUUUAAUGACCAACAGACUGAUGGGAAUCGGAUGUACAAGGACUUCAGGAACUACAUCAACGCAGUGAGAGACAUGCGUGAAGCCUCAAGACGCCUCUUUCAAUCUCUGUUCGACGUCUACGAAAGCGACUGGGUUGGCGAGGAGGAUUUGGGAGCCAUCGUAGAGGGGGAAGACCUGCUGUGGAAUGACUAUGAGGUGAAGCUGUUAGACCAGGCUGUGCGCACCAUGGAGUCUUAUGUGGGCCAAUUCCCAGAUGUCAGGGAGAAAGUGGCCAAGAGGGGAAGAAAGCUUGUUGAUUACGACUCUUCGCUCCACCACCUGGAGGCCCUGCAGAUGGCCAAGAAGAGGGACGACAUCAAGAUAAACAAGGCAAAGGAAGAGAUGAAGACUGCCAAAAGUGUCUAUGAGGGAAUCAACAAUGAGCUGAAAGAGGAGCUUCCUGUUCUUUAUGAAAGCCGCAUCGGAUGCUACGUGUCUGUAUUCUCAGCGUUGGGAAAUUUACGAGACACCUUCUUCAAGGAGCUGAGUACGUUCAACGGUGAUCUGCAGAACGUGAUUAAAGAGCUCCAGGCUCAGUUUCCGGACAAAACAUUCGCCGUGCGGGGAGUGCAGAGGUAUGGCUCCCUGAGGAGACGGACCCUGAUGUCCCCUAAGGCAUGGAAAGCCAGUUUUUCUGAGUUUCACAGGAGCUACAGUCCCAAAGGCGGGCAGCGGUACAGUUUCAGGUCCCCAGAUAAACCUCGCCAGGGCACCCUGUCCAGAGAGGGCAGCACACUAGGGUUCCCAUCGCGAUCGUCCACCAUGGAGAGGCCUGUGUCCGAGUCCGUGGACCUGGAAGUAGCCUCGUGCCACAGCGAGAACCCCGGCAUGGCGGUCCCAGAAGACGCCACUGGGGAGACUUCAGGCAAGGAGAUCAAAUCUGGUGAGGGCGGCAGUCUGGCUGAAAAGGAGAAGGACUCGAGGGGGGCGGGAAAUAAGGGGGAUGACGGAAAGGCCAUGGCGAGCGAGAGCAGCUCUGAACUGAACAACUCCUUCGAGUCGGAGAGCCUGGAGCUCCAGCUGUCCACGGUGGACGGCGAAACCCUGCACAUCGAAGAGGAGGGCGACGACCCCGGGAACCUCCACGCUGGGAAACCCAACGGGUUGGAAAACGGAGACGUCAGCGGCCUGAACGCCGACACCGUGGAUCCCAGCAUUCCUCCCAAGAGAAAGUGGCAUCCCCGGACUCAAAAAGCACAGAUGUUUAAGGUGUCCACAUUUGAACAGGAA